AUGGAGAAGCGGCAUUGCAACCAAAUUGAACACACAGUAAACGCAGCGGUGGAACACGACAUGGACUGCAAUGGCAGCGUCAACUCGAAUUGUGAUGUAGAUAUGAGGGGCAACGGAUUGAUCAAGGUAAACGAGGACGGAAGUAUCAGAAGUCAACGGAAAAAGACGGAACAUCGGAUUCGUGAACGAAAAGAGCAACCAGGGACGAAGACCCAGCACAACAGCAUCGUACAACGUCUUCGAGCACUAAACAUUAUUGACGACAAAAAGGCCCGGUUCCUAAAAACGUACUCCGCAGUCUGCCCAAGGAUCUACGGACAACCAAAAGCACAUAAAGCAGGACUACCUUUACGGCCGGUAGUGCCAAACAUGACCGCCCCGUCGUAUAAUCUAGCGAAGUUCGUUGGCAGCAUCCUACAACAAUCCAUCGAAAGCCGUUACAACAUAAAGGACUCCUUCGCAUUCUGCCACUUCAUCAACAGCGUGCAGCUGCCAGUGAAUCAUGGUCUGAUCUCACUCGACGUCACCGCGCUGUUCACAUCGAUUCCAAAACACCUGGUCAUCACCAACAUCCGGCAGAAGUGGGACAAAAUCGAGCCGCACACCACAAUCAACCAAAGUCUGUUCGUCGAGAUCGUGGAGUUCUGUAUCGAUUCCAGUUACUUCAUGUACGAAGCAGCGGACCUAGUAAUGGAAAGCCUGCUGGAUGACGUACUGGAGAAGCUGGAUUUUGAACUCCCCUUCCUUCGAAAAUUCGUUGACGAUCUCAUCACAGCCAUCCCCCUAGAAAAACUGCAGCAGGUAUAG